AUGCAAGCAGGAGACGUCAGCCUCGCGUGGAAGCCCACAAGCAACCAUUGGGCAGGAGCGGUUGUUUAUUUUGCUACGGGCGGCAGGUGCGCUGCGCUGUGGAGAACGCCCACCGACAAUCCUGCUGGCAGCCCCAACACCGCACCACGAUCACUCUCACCUUCACGACCUCACGACAAUUGCCCCCUCGAGCCGCGCUCGCCCGUCGCACUGCCAUGCGCUGACGCAAAAGCCGCCAAACUUCUCGACGACCGUUUCCUUGCGUCCCUUUCGACUCCCCACUUCUUGUUACCCCCCGCGCACCCCAUGGACGUGGAGUAA